CUGAGAUAGGCGUGCAUCGCGAGUGUAUCGUAACGCAACAACAGGGUCGGCCUGGCUAUAGGCCGUAUAGCUCCAAUCGUGGCGCAAGCAUGAAGGACCAGCACAGUCAUGAUUCACCGCGGGCUUCGUCAGCAGCCCAACGAUGCCCCACCUUUCGCGCAAAGUGAAACACGUCGCGCCGAUGCUCCAUAUAUCUGCUGCAGUUGGGCUGCUGCUGCUGCUGCUGCUAUCUAUCUCACGAAUCUCACGACCAUUAUGGCGCGUCGUCAUGCGCGGUCGUGCUGCGUGUCCGCUAGUCCGAGCGCUCCCUCACAUCCAUCCACGCAAUCCGUCGAGAGCUCCCUGCAUAGCUCCUUUCAUCCAUCCCACCAAUCCAUGUUUCAGGCGCUUGUUGUCCUGCCUCGAUGAUCAAGCGCCAGCAGUCAAGCCCUGCUGGACGCAAGAUGCUGGAAGAAAGACUCGACUUGGGCAGACCAGCCUAGCCAGAAAGAAUCAAGAUCGGGAAAGAAGCUCGAGUCGGGCUGCGCAUAUACCUCUUAUUCACGAUGUGACCCGCUGCUAUUAAAGGGUAGGCACUGUCUCUCAGAACCCCGAGCCCCUGCUUCCGUCGUGCCUCUUCAGCGUUCGAGAGACGACUACCCCUAUCC